CCGUACAGGGGAAGCCGCCGCUAACGAAAACGGCCAGUACCGAACAGGACGCUCUUAAUGAGGCAGCCAGUAACCUGCAGGCCGCCUGUAUUGAGGCAGCCAGUACCUGGAGGCCGAAAUUACGGAGGCAACUAGUAGCCUGGAGGCGGCCAUGAUCGCGGCAGUCCUACCCUGAAGGCCGCCAUUAAUGAGACAGUCAUUCAGUACCGGGAGAUGCAGCGCCGGUUGGAGACCUGGGAUUUAAGGAAUUUCCGUGGGUGAUGAUGAUGGAGAGGACAAGGCGCAUGAUCCGGCUUUACAGAAUAGAAAGUCAAGCCUCAAAGAGAGGGACGUUACUUCUAUGCACGUCUGCCAAGAGCCGCAGGGCCGAGAGGGCCCUGACCGGCUGUGAAGGGGCCACGCUACCGCCGAGGAUCUGACGGAGAGGGCGGGUCGGGGCUUCCUGACGCGCCUUCGCGUUCCCCCGCCCCGCCUCCUCCAGCGGUGACCCGUCGGUUUUCCAUUUAUCGCACUUUUCCAGGGCAAGAAAAAGUGGUGGCAGGGCCGGAAGCGCGGUAGCCCUUGGGUUCGAGACGACGGCGCCGUUUAAGGCAGAGCGAGCGUCCUGGUACCAUUAGAGCCGCUAGAUUCUUCACCCGGGCUCCGGCCCAAAUUGGAGAAAACCUACAAAGUUCUGGCGGCCUAUGGAAGGGCGCUGAGGGUCGCAAAGCAUAGGGUGCCCAUCGGAAACGCCGAGCCUCCCAAGGCCACCGGAAGCCGCGCCCCUGGGCGGGGUCAGACAGCCUCUGGGAGGAAAGAAGCGAAGCCCCGCCCCUGGGCGGGGUCAGACAGCCUCUGAGAGCCACCGGAAGCCGCGCCCCUGGGCGGGGUCAGACAGCCUCUGGGAGGAAAGAAGCGAAGCCCCGCCCCUGGGCGGGGUCAGACAGCCUCUGAGAGCCACCGGAAGCCGCGCCCCUGGGCGGGGGUCAGACAGCCUCUGGGAGGAAAGAAGCGGAGCCCCGCCCCGCGGCGGAGCGCGCCUGCCAUGGCUGCGCCUCCGGGUGCUGGCCCCGCUGCCCUGCGCUUAGCUGCCGCCGCCAGCUGGAGGGCCGUGCGCGGACGCUACGUGGAAUACUUUCCGCGAGUGUUGGAGUUUCUGCGGUGCCUGCGCGCUGCUGCUCCCGGCUUGGUUCGCUACCGCCACCACGAGCGCCUGUGCAUGGGCCUAAAGGCCAAGGUGGUGGUGGAGCUGAUCCUCCAGGGCCGGCGUUGGGCCCACGUUCUGAAUUCCUUGUAUCUCCACUUUCCAGUGUCUGGACCUACUGUAGUGCGGGACCCCAAAGCUACAGAACAGGAUCUGAAGAUCAUCUCCGAGGCACAGGAAGCCUUUCGCCAGCAGGUGAAGCUGCUGGCAGAGGCCCCUGAGGAUUUGGAUUGGAAGUUGCUGGAACUUGAACAAGAGUAUGGGGAGCCCUUUCUAGCUGCCAUGGAAAAGCUAUUUUUUGAAUACUUGUGUCGGCUGGAAAAAGCACUGCCUACCCCCCACACAGAGCAGCUUCAGGAUGUGCUGAGCUGGAUGCAGCCUGGGAUUUCUAUCACAUCUUCUUUUGCUUUGAGCCAAUAUAGUGUGGACAUGGGGUGGCCACUUCCAGAGUGCUCUGUGACUAAUUCAAUGAACAUGUCAGAGUCCAUGGAGCCCAGUCCUCCUCAGCAACCAAGACCAGCACUCCAUCAACCUGUGCCAAAAAGCAACUCUGGCCCACACCAUCCUCAGGGACCAGCCUCAAGAAAGCACCCAGAACCUUUGGCUGGCCACCACUUCAAUUUGGCUCCUCUAGGCCAGCGAAAAACCCACGCCCAGUGGACAUCCACGAGGGUAGGCCAUAAAGAGCACCCCACAGUCAUGCUAUUCCCCUUUAGGAAUUGGAGUUCACCAACCUACGUCAUAUAUCAACAGAACAGGAAAGAACAAGGGACACACACAGCAGUUCCAGCAGGUGAUGUGGGCACGAAAGCAGCCUCCACUGGAAAGUCUAGGAGUCCAUCCCAGACCCUGGGUGGAAAGACUGUGAAGGAGAACCCAGCUGACUUGUCUGCCUCGGAGCAAAAGGCGAAUUGCUGGGACUGCUCCAUGGAGCCCCUGAGAUUAAGAGUACUUAAUUCUGGUUUCCUUCUUGCAGUGUGUCCUCCAUCUCUGUGCAGCCCUGUCAUGACCAGAGGGGACUUGGUUUUGGACUCUGAUGAGGAGGAAAAUGGCCAGAGUGGAGGAAUGGAGUCUCUGGAAAACUAUGAGAAGACAAAGUUUGACAACCUAGUCCCCACCUUCUGUGAAUACCUCCCCUCUCAAAGUCCCAGUGCUAUGUCUGCCCCUUCCCAUGACCAUGUAGGCCCCUCUGAUAGGACCAGAAUGCCAUCAUCUUGCCUGUCUCCUUCCUCCUCACCUCUGCAGGCCAUUUGGUAGGGAUAAAGUGGAAGCCCAGCCUUGGGUUGCUUGACUCUGUGGCCCAAAUUACUUUGUAAUUCUUGAUCAUUAAACUUUGGAUUUGUUAAAA